AUGCAGCUUAAACUUCUCGCGACCUUUCUCUUGCUUGAUCUGGCUUUUGGUCACGUUCUCCUCGGUCGCUCCGAGGAAAAUGGGCCAUGUACCGGCUCUGGUGGCGCGCCAGGUGUCUGCAUUGCUACUGCCAAGUGUGAAGCUGGUGGUGGGACAAGCGUGAAGGACAAAUGUCCAGGCACGCCGGACGACAUCAGAUGCUGUACAAAGCCAGCUUGCGGCACGGGCGAUGAGAGGAAUUGUCGCUUCGCCUCAGAUUGCGACAGCGGUGUCAUAGAGACCAAUAAGUGUCCUGGCCCAGACAACUUCAAAUGCUGCAUGCCCAAGAGUGGCGGCGGUGGCGAUGGCUACCCGACUCCUGACUUCCCAAGCACAUCAUCUGGUUGCAAGCAGACCGCCAUCGAUGGUGCAAAAGCCAUCGUUGAUGCUUUCCCUGGUAAGGUCAAGGAGAUUGGCUGCAUCAGAAAAUGCGAUAGUUCCGAUACCAGCGACCAUUGCGACGGUAUGGCCACAGAUAUGAUGGUCGCCGAUGGCGGCGUCAAGGUCACCACUGGAGAACCAAUCGCCGAGUGGGUCAUGAAUCAUUGCAGUUCUAUCGAUUGCAAGUACGUCAUGUGGGGACAGCGCAUUUGGGAGAAGUCACAGGAUAGUGUAAAGCCAUGGAACGAGUGGCGCUAUCAAGCUUGCACUGUCAUCAAGCCGUGUACCAACGGCGACCGUGGUGACAACACCGCAAACCAUUGGGAUCACGUCCAUGUCAGCUACGCCUAA